AUGUCGACCGCACAAGUUCCCGCUCUCCUGCGCUUCUUGACUCAAGAUGCCAAGGUCCCGCUAGCCGUUGCUAUAGGCAAGACACCAGAGCUCCAGAAAGCUAACCUUACCAGUGCAGAUCAAAUAGCCAAAGCAGACAUUCAAGUUCUCCAAGACAUAUUCAAAGAUCAUAAGGUUGCCAAACAAAUACUCAAUGCUGGCAAACGAGUCUCCAAGAAACGCGGAGCCCCGACUGACAGUACAGCGACAUCACCACAAAAGAAGAAAAAGAAUGCCAGCAUCACGAAAGAGUCAGCUCCAUUUGAGAUUGAGUCGUCACUCAGCCUGCCAACCUCAUCAAGCCCCGAUAGCGAGCUCCAAGAAAUGGUUAUUGUGACAAAUCGAGCACCUUUGGUGCUUGCGUUUGCUAUCUGUGUCUUGAAAUACACAAUGCCAGAACAGCCUAUAUCAAGCCGAUUAAGUCUUGCCCAGGCGCUAGUCAGCGCCAAUAGUCGUUCUAAAGCUGUGAGCUUGGGCAUAGAGAAUGGCCAAUCUGCCGAGCAAGAAGGCUGGGGCGAAGGCCAGCCGGUUGUUAGGGUCCUUGGAAGAGAGAUUCGAGUGUUAAAGCGCUGGGACUAUAAUCCGCGCGAAGGGCAGCCAGCCAACUGGUCUCCUUCAGAAAAUUCAGACUCAAACACUGUCUCCGUCGACGACUUUCUUGGCAGAGCUGACAUUGAUGACCCCGAUAAAAUGCCUCCCCUCUGGGGCAUUGAUCUAGAGGCUGCUCGAAGUUCUCAAGGCACUACAGGCCCAGAGAAAAAGACUGGAGUGCUACCCAUCUUCACGGCUGAGUCUGCGCGCUCUUAUCUUCUGCGGUCCGUAUCAAACGCGCAAGUGACUACAGCGCCAUCUAAAUCAAAGCCAAAUACGGCCAAUGGUCUGGAAAAAGAAAAAUCUGUUGCUUGUCUCCUAUCUGUCAUCGACUCUGUCUCCCGAUCAUGGGCCACAAAUUUGAAAAAAGGCGAACUGGAUAGGCGCGCUUGGGCUUGGUAUCUCAAGGUCCGACCAGACGUUCAGAGCGGAGUACAAGGUUGGGGGCAGAAGGGGCAAGUGAAGUUAUCGGAUAUUCUUGCCCUUCGGAAUGAACCAUGA